AUGGAAAAUCUCGACCAUGAUGUCUUAGAAAACAUACUUUUUCGGUUACCUUUAGGGACAGCUACUUCACAGGCUAAUCUUGUGUGCAAAUCAUGGAAAACUAUCCUGUAUAAUAAACGUCAUAACGAGGUGGGUAUCCUUUUCACAUGCAAUGAAUACAAAGAUGGCUUCAAACACAGUCAAGUCCAGCUCUGCUUUGGAGAAGAAUAUGAUCACAUUGAUUGUAAUAAGAUGAACUAUUACUACUCUCACGAAACACUCAUGGAGAUGGGGCAUUGCAGAUUUGCUUUUAAAUCCCAUGCAUUUUAUGGUAUCCUGGUUGGAUCAUGCAAUGGAUUGGUUUGUUUUCAGAAAGAGGAUCUUGGUGACAAGUACAUUCGCGAGGCUUUCGCAAUUUGCAAUCCCUUAACAGGUGAAUUUAUAUCUCUUAAAGCUAAUUUGAGUAGGGCGGGGGAUUACUGUCCACUACCACUCGUAGUUUCAAGUGGGUUCGGUUAUUGUCAAUCAACUGGCGAGUACAAGGUUGUUAGAAUUUACAACAUCAGCGAGGAACAGCUGGUGUCAUACGCCCAAGUAUAUACUAUUGGCAGCAACAAGUGGAGAGACAUGGAAACAUUUAUAGAUGUCGCAUUCUCCUAUGAAUCUGGACCUGGUAUCUUUGCUAAUGGCGUUCUUCAUUGGUUGGGGUAUGACCAAGAAGCAGAUCGCAUUAUAGUCUUUGAUUUGAAAGAUGAGAAGUUCGGAAAGCUCUCCCUGCCACCUCCUGAGGCAGAUGAACUUGAAGAUUCGGAGGAUCCUUGUAAUGAACUCAGGUUUUUGGGAGGGAAUUUGUGUUGGGUAAAGAGGGCCUGGAGCUGGAGUUACAUGGAGAUAUGGGAAUAUAAGAAAAAUAAUCUGAAUACUAAUAAUGCUAGAUACGGAAUGGAAGAACAUGAUAAGAUACAAGACUACUGUAGCGGAAAUUCAUGGAACUGGGUCAAGGAUUUUAGUAUAGACAUUAGUGAACAUUAUAUCCAAACGUUUGCAAUUACAAAAAGCAAUCAAGUACUAAUACUGGGCGCAUGUAAUCUCUACUGUUAUGACCCUGAAACUCGAGCUAUAAGCAGCCAUCGGGACGAUAGGUGUAUGCGUCACGUAUUAACUCAUGCAAAGCUAUGUUUCGUUGAAAGAUUUCGGGGAAACAUGAGGGUUAAAAGAAUCAUAUUGGCUGCUUCUGUUUCUGUCUCUAAAGUUUCAUUGAGAGCAUGUGAUCAUCCAUAUGUUUAUCCCAUGGUUUAA